AUGGAAUUGCUUCAACAAGUUAAAAUUGGUCAUCAAGCUACAGCAAGUCCUGAAGUCAAUGUGAAUGCUAACUGUGUCGGUACAUGCUUGCCUAUUCUUCCCUACUCACAUAGUAAUUCUAAGAGUCAUAUUUGGAUCCUUGACUCUGGUGCUUCAGAACACAUGACAUUUGACUCUACUAUCAUAGUUAAUAUCAAACCACUACUCAACCCUGUUAAUGUUAACCUGCCUAAUUCACAAAGGGUAAAAGUUACUCUAGCAGAACAAGAACCCAUACAUCCAGAUUUGACCCUACACAGAAGCCUUUCUUUGAGGAGGCCUCUAGUCCUUUGUGAUGUCAAAGCUGGAUUCUAUCUUUUUCAUUCAAUUCAUCAUUCUGCUGAUUCUCUGCAUCAACAUCAGAAUGUUACAUUUACACAAAAUUCCUUUCAAACUUAUUCGGCCUUCUGUCCUAUUUCACCUACUGCUUCCCUUCCGUCACAUCACCAUAGUCUUGUUUCUAGCCCAUUAUCCACACCAUCUUCUUCUCCUUCUGAUUUUUCUACUGCUCCUACCACUUCACCUUUCACAUCUGCUUCUUCUCCUAAUCCUAAUCAUGGCCAUUCACCUAAUUCCAGUACUACUCAUGAUGUCUUGCGCAGGUCUUUAAGAGAGAACUAUGCACCUGCCUAUUUGUCUGACUAUAUUUGUGGAGCAAUCCAUUUAACUGAUGUUUCUACAUCUUGUUUCCUCUCACCUGUAUCCCCUUCUAUUAUUUCUGCUAACCUACUCUCUACUCCUAACCAAAACCUCUUGAAUUCCCUACCUCACAUAAAUGAGCCUUCUUGUUAUUCUCAAGUAGCAUUGGACCCUGGUUGGCAAGAAGCAAUGGCCGAAGAGCUUGAUGCCUUGAAGGCCAAUGAUACUUGGGAAGUUGUUCCACUACCAUCAAGAAAAUUGGGGUCUUUAUCAAUUGGAUGUGAACAACUCUUUUCUACAUGGGAUCUACACGAAGAGGUUUAUAUGAAAUUCCCAACUGGCCUAGACCCUCCUGCUCCUAAUUUGGUUUGUCGUCUCAAGAAAUCUCUCUUUGGACUUUGUCAAGCUUCUAGACAAUGGUAUUCUCGCUUGACUGUUGCCCUUAAUUUCAAAGGUUUUACUCAUUCCUUAAAUGACUACUCUCUUUUCUACAAGAGGAAUGGUGAUUUUGUCUCUUUGGUGGCUGUCUAUGUGGACGAUAUCUUACUCACAUUCAACAAUAUUCAAAAGCUCAAUGAUUUAAUACAUUUUCUAGAUCAGGAAUUUAAGAUAAAGGUUUUGGGCAACUUAUCUUAUUUUUUGAGAAUGGAAGUCCUUCGUGAGCCCUCUGGUCUGAUUCUUUGUCAACGCAAGUUCACCAUGGAACUCCUUACUGAAUUUGAUUGUCUUGGUCUAUCUCCUGCUUCUUCUCCUUUGGAUCCUUCUUCCAAACUCCAUGCAGGGGCUGGUGCUCCUCUUUCUGACCCUUUGCUCUAUCGUCGACUAUUGGGGAAACUUAAUUUUUUUACUCAUACUCGUCCUGAUAUCUCUUUUGCCGUUCAGCAUCUUAGCCAAUUCAUGCGGGAUCCUCGUGAGCCUCAUUUUUCUGCUACUCAUCACUGUCUUCAUUACCUCCUUCGUGAUCCUAGUUUGGGCCUUUUCAUGUCUGUUGAUCCUUCUCUUGAUUUGCUCGCCUUGCGUCUCCGAUUGGGGUUCUUGCCGUGA